UGUUUUACAUUAAUGUGAGUGUUGGGGGGUAAACGUUAAUAAGGUACAAUCGAUGUGUGAUUUAAUAAUUCAAUAAUUCUCGUUAACUUCCGACUGCAACUGUAUCCCUUCCAGCAAUCCCCGCGAAAAACUUCUCACGUGUGUUGUUGCUGCUGCAAUGGCGACUCGAGGCAAGUCAGCUCGCAAGCGAAAGGCGGAUUCAGACGAAAAAGAAAAGCUUGACGAUGCCAAGAAAGAAAAGCUUGAGGAUAAGGAUGAAGAAACAGGACUGAGGGUGGUCAUCGAGCAUUGUAAGAGCUGACGGGUUUACGGGCGCAACGCGGUCGUCGUGCGGGAAGCUCUUGCAGAUUCGCACCCUGAACUCAAAGUGAUGAUAAACCCGCACAAUCCCCGGAGAAACAGCUUUGAAAUCACGCUGAUGGACGGAGAAAGAGCGGAUGUUUUGUGGUCCGGCAUUAAAAAGGGUCCUCCACGCAAACUCAAGUUCCCUGAGCCUGCUGAAGUGGUGACCGCCCUGAAACAAGCGCUGGAGAAAGAGUAAAUACUGUCUGCUUUCUGUGCUCCUGGACACUGGAUGCAUUUAUGAUGUGAAUGGACUAAUGGGAAAAUCUCCCCGUCUGUUUACUGAUGACCGACUCUGCUGUUCUGGACUGGAAUGCUGACUUUGCCUCGUUUCCUCUGUUAACCAUUGUUCAGUUCUGCUGUCACAUGAUUAGUGUUAAUUUGCCUUUAUAUGUCUUGUGUCUAGUGUUUGUGUCAUUCACCUUUUAACUGUUUGAAUGGCACAAAUAAAGCAACUAUUUCUUGACAAAA